AUGAAUGCCUCAUUGCAUGGCAAAGGGAAAGCAAAAGAUCUAGCUUACACGUUGCCUCCUCUCUUAUUCUCCACGAGCGACUUGCAAUAUCGCACCAUUGACUGGCCGUCCCCUGAUCUUGCCUCCCCAACCACAACCGCAGGUCCUUCCUCUUACGGUUCAACACACACUUCCCCUCCCUGCGCGUCCUCUACUUCAUCUCACUCAGCCUCCCAGCCCUCCCAGAAUAGCCUUACACAACAGCUUCCGGAACUGACAAAAGUGCCCUCCCGGAGGCGAUCGUUGUCCAACUUGUCAAUUCAUUCCACACGUUCGUUAGCUGCUCGAUCUAUGUCAAGGAUCAAAGUUAAACUGGGCUCAUCAUCCAAGGGCCCAGGUAACCUCGCCCGUAGAUUAUUGUUCAGGAAUAAGCCAAGUGCAGCUACGACAUCAAUAGAUCUCAGCCCUGCCGGCUCUGUGCUGGAUCCUUUCUUGGGGGACCCUACAACAGCAGCGCAACGUAUUUGCAUUCCAGCAUGGAAAAGUCCCGAUUUCCAGCCUUGUCCGAACCUCGAGCUCCCAUCAGACGCACGAACACAUGUUCAACAGAGCGCUGAAGGUCCUGAAAGCCUCAGUAGCAUCACAGGCAAAGGCCGCUCAUAUUCUUCUCCGCUCCCUCAGUCUGUCUUUGACAUCAUUCCUCGUGGCAAUAGUGACGUCUUUGCCCCCGUGCCUUUAGUCCUGCAAAGCGUCUUCGAUGAGGCUUUGCCCAGAGAACUGAAGUUGCAGGUCUUCUCAGCCUUGAUUUCAUUGCACGAAGACGAAUUUCAGCUGUGGAAGUCGUCGGGACAAUGGACUGCCUUAAAGGCAUCCUCAUCCAAGUAUCGCUGGGUGGGCAGAGAUCGUGGGAUGCGCGAGCUGGUGAAGUUGAGCAGGGUGUCAAAGGCGUGGCGCUCAUUGGUCUUUGACGGUCAGCUGUGGAUGGAUGUCGACCUCAAGGCAUUCCCAAACCUUCCAGCGCCCUUCCUUCUGCGUCUCGCAGAGCCGCUUGGGCCGUUUAUAAAGAACAUGGAUCUUACCGGAUACACAAAGCUUGAUCACGGCACUCUGAGCCAAGUCACGACCAGCCUCUGUGUACGCUCCGCGCCAACCAUUGAUUUCGCGUAUACACAACUCUUGGACGUAAAUCUGACAGGUUGUAAUGCGCUGACUACGCAGGCAUUACACAACCUCAUCAUUCAUUCUCCGUUUUUGCGCAGCCUUUGCGUCAAAGGGUUGAAAGCCGUCAACAACACUACUUUCGAUGUUCUCGCGCUCUGCCCCCACCUGACAUCCUUGAACAUGAGUCGGUGUUCCAAUAUUAACGGAGACGGGCUCCACAGAUAUGCAAAUGCCGUACUAGGGCGCCACGGCCAGCUUGCGCUGAAAGAGCUCAGGCUAUGUGGAUUGGAGGCACCCUCGCUGGAAGUCCUCGAUCUGAGCUAUUCUCGUUCGCUGCAUAACUCGGCGUUAGACGCUUUUGUGGCGUGUACAGAAGAAGAGAAGUCAACGGAGAGCGUGAUGCUGACAGCUCGUCAGGCAGGGCGAGAAACGCGUGAUAGUGGGCGCUAUCGGAGGCGAAUUACGAAGCUCAGACACCUAUCGCUCUCGAACUGCAAGCUGCUCACGGACACCGCAUGUUCCAAUCUAGCGUAUGCAGUGCCACGUCUGGAGUUGUUGGAACUGGCGGGCAUUGGGACGCCGAUGAAAGAUGAGGGGCUUGUAAGACUUUUGGAGACCACGCCACUUAUCCGAAAGCUUGAUCUUGAGGAUGACGAGGAUAUCACCGAUGCCGUCCUAAGCGCACUGACCCCCAGUCCCCUAGAAGGUUCCGGAUCAGAGUCAACACAGCCCCUGCAGACAGGACAGGCGUUGGAACACCUGGUUGUGUCGUUUGCUGUCAACAUCAGUAACGAGGCCUUCCUUUCUCUCAUUUGCAAUUGCCAUCGCCUUAGGGUGUUGGAGGCAGACAGCACGUCCAUAUCCGGGACUGUCCUCAAAGAGUUCGUGCGAAAGGCUCACGAACGUAACACGUCCAAUGCAACCUUGGUUGCUAUCGACUGCCGUGCUGUGGGUGAGACCUCCGUCAAGGAUGUUGCCGCCAUAACCCGCCCUCGCAGAGGCUGGUGUGCCUGGGAUGCGCGGAAGCUCGCGUACCUGGACGGUCGGGACGAGAAAGAACUGAAAGCAGGGCAGGAUGAAUGCGAUGAGAAGCGCAUUGUGUUGAAGUCAUUUUAUAAUUGGCAAACUGUAGAUGCCGUUCGAGCUGCGCGGGAACGGCAUCGGCGAAGUUCCCGGCGCGCGGGUAGCGGAUCGUCGGAUAAUCUUGAAGACAUUGCCCAAACUUCCGGGCGCAUGCGAUGGUGGUCCCCCAGUAGUGCGAGGCGUUCGCCUAAUAUCAACACCCCAGAUGGGGCAACUAGCGACCGAGAAGGAUGUGUCGUGACGUAG